CAAGGAGAAAAAACAUGGUGGAUUAUUCACGAAUUUGUCGGCUUUGUUGUCGAAUUGCACAAAAAAACCCUAGUUUUAUCACAACUUAACAUCAUUAGCAGAGGCUGCAUCAUAAAAUAAAGUUCCCGUUGGACGAUGAAGGACGGCACUAUGUCGAUUGCAGAUCCUGAAGAAGAAUUCAAUCUAAUGCUGGAAUCGAGUCCAGCAGCCAGGGAAAGCAGCUCGCCUAAAGAGCAGAAAGAAGAUGAUUCAUUUGUCACCAUGCAGACAGAGCUGCAUAGUAAAGGUGCUGUGCUCACGAAGGCAUGGUCGGACUUGUUUAGUUUCAUCACAAAAUAUCAGGCAGAACUUGUUGUGAAAGAAAAUAUGGUCGAAAUAGGGGAGAAAGAAAUAGAACAGCGAAAGAGACAAUUGGAAGAAAUGAAACCAGUGGUUGACGCUGGUAACGAAGAGGUGUCUAAAUUACAAGAUGAGAUUCGGAUGAAGGAGGGACUGCUGAGCAAAGCACAAUCACAACUUUCUGUCAAGGAGAGAUUGUUGCAACGGGUACAAUCAGACUUGUCUUGUAAUAGGGAACUGUUGGAGAAAGCUCAAUCUGAUCUUUUAGACAAACAAAAUAACCUCAUUCGUUAUAGAGGUGAUUUAGAACACUUGAAAUCGGAGUUGAAAGUGAAACAAGAACAAAUCCAAAUCAAAGACAAUUUGUUGAAGAAAUUACAGAAUCAACUCAUGAAGGAAAAUGCCGAGUUGAAGGAACAGUUAGAACUUGAGAGGAGGUCUCACGAGUUGGAAAAGCAGUCGCAUGAAUUGACGAAAAGAUCUUUGGUGUCGCAGAGUAUGCAGAGUGAGAGGAGGAAGAGACAGAGAGCUGAAGAUGUCCCUGCCAUUGUGGAAAUCCCGGACUCACCUCCAACCCUCGACCUCUCCGAUGUUGCCGAAGAUUUUGGACUUUCAAACAUAAUCUCCAUGGCGACUAAUUCAUCACCAUUGGGCCAAGAUUCUCAACAAAGAAAACCUUCCUCAGAACUUGACACCAGCCAGAUUGCACCAAACGUUCCAAGUCAUUCUCCGUCCUAUGGCGAUUCAGAGUGUUUACACCAUAUGCCUACUUCGACCACUCUUUCUCAGUGCGAUUUCUCAACCCGACCAAAAGUGUCCCGAUCUUCGAGGUUUAUGUCAUCACCCUCUGUUACGCCAUCGCAGACUUCGGUACCAAGUACAUGUAUCAGUGACAGUAUUGAGUUAAGUCAUACUGCCAUGAUAUCCAGUGAUACGUUUUUCCCCCUCAGUGUGUCUGAGGACGUUAAACCUGAUAUUGACACUAUGACCUCUAGUAUGCAAAUAGACAGUGACAGUCAAGGCAAUAUGCCAACUAUAAAACCAGGGACCCCUACCUCGGGGACAAGUGAUAGUAAUCAAGGCCCAGUGCCAGUGUCUGGGCCGAUCGCAAAUCCAGCGAUGUCACCAGGUGGCAGCAGAGAUGGCAGAGCAGAUGGAAAGAUGGCGACGGAGGCAUUGUUUCCGAGUGAGUUGUGGUCCGGAGGUCAAGACAUGGCAAUAAAUAUGGUUUGGUCCGUUGCUCAAUCGGUCGAUUCAGCUGCAAGUGAUGACAAUGACUUGCAGGUUUGGUCACUCGUGGAAACGACAGAUUUAACCCAGGAUGAUGACAUAGACACGGUCGAUUUAACCCAGGAUGAUGACUUUGAACCUGUCAGUUUAGUCCAGGAUGUUGACUUUGAAACAGUCGAUUCACUCCCUGGUGAUGAUGAUAGUUUACAGGUUUGGUCACUGGUGGAAACGACGGAUUUAUUGAAUUUAGCCCCGGAGGUUUACUUCGAAACAACAGAUUUAGCCCAGGAUGGCGACAUUGAAGCUCGCAACUUAGCUGUGGACGACGACUCUGACAGGCAGUCAGAUGUUGGUACAAAAUCUGGGAGUGGCUUUCAGCCAGAAUGUACUCCACAGAAAAUCAGAGUGUAUAAGAAGAAGCCAUCAGAUUACAAAAAGAAGGCAAGGAAGCGAUUUAAAUGCGAUGUCUGUCAAAAAGCAUUUUGUCACGAAGGUUUUUUAAGAAAGCACAAACGGGAACACACUCGCCGAUUCGAAUGCAAAUGUUGUCAGAAAACCUUCUCUGGGACAGCUUACUUGGCAACGCAUGAGAAAAUACACGCUGAUGAUAAAUUAUUGAGAAGGCCGAGGGUAUUAAUAGACAGGGUCAGUCAUGUCAGGAAGGAAGACUCUCGUAUUGAAGUGGAUUUACCGCUGCUCGAACUACAAAACAACACUGAUGAGAAAAAAUCGCUUGAAUGUAGAUACUGUAAAAAAGCAUUCGCUUCCAAAGAUUCCUUGACGAGGCAUGAACUAACGCACAAUUUUUGCAAAAAGGAAUUUAGGUGUAAUUUCUGUAAAAAGGCCUUUUCACGGAAAGACGAAGUUGCCAUUCAUGAACUAACACAUAUCGACACAGGUGAUAAAAAGUUUCCCACCAGUGAAAAGGAAUCGAAAGAACUCUGUGAAGAAGAAAUUAGUCAGAAAGUUAAUUUGAUCAAAUGUAGAAAAGACAAAUUCUGGAACCCACUGCAUUGCAGGUACUGUGAAAAAAUCUUUUUUUGGCCUGACUCCUUGAAGAGGCAUGAGCUUGUGCACACUGGUGAACUAGCUUUCAAAUGUGGUUCUUGUGAAAAAGCGUUCUGUCGACAUGAUCAUUUGAAGAGACAUGAAAAAACACAUACUCGUUUCCAGUACUUCCAUCAGAUGGUAGUCAACAAGGCAAUGACCACUGACAAAAAGGAUAACGUAACUGUCGGUAAAAGUAAUCACAGAACAGUUGGCAAAAAUGGUCAGGUAACUGUCGGCAAGAAUUAUCACAUGACAGUGGGUAGAAAUGAUCAUGUGACUAGCAGCAAAAGUAAUCAUGUAACAGUCAGCAAAAAUGAUUGUGUAAAAAUCAGCAAAAAGGAUCAGACACCACUCAUUAAAAAGGAUCACUUAACUGUCAGCAAAAAGGAUCAAAGAAUAGUCAGUAAAAAGCAGGUAACAGUAAAAAAACAAGCCAUCGCUGGCAAAAAGCCUUUCAGGUGCAGUAUUUGUAAGAGAAUAUUUUCACGUAGACAGCACGUAAAGAGGCACGAGGAAACACAUGCCCGUCGUCCUGAAGGGCGCACUGGCAUAAAGCGAUUCAAGUGCAGUAUCUGCAAUAAACCUUUUUCACGCAGAGAGCACGUGAAGAGGCAUGAAAGAAUCCAUGCUCGUAAGCAGGAAAGAUGCAGUUCAUCAGUGGUGGGACAACCCUCGACGGUGCAAGAAACAACCUACACUGAGAAAAAGGUGUUCAAAUGUUUUGAUUGCAUGCUGGUCUUUUCUAACCAAGGUGACUUGACAAAGCACGAACAGACUCGCUCUUGUAACCAACCAAAGGAUCCCAAAAAGCCUUACAGAUGUGCUAGGCCUGGAUGUAAAAAGGCCUUCGCUCGGCAAGAUCACUUGAAGCAUCAUGAGUUGACCCAUACCCGUAUCUGGCAGUAUCAGUGCUCCCACUGCGAGAAAACCUUCAAGUGGAAAAGCAUUCUGAGAAUUCAUGAAAGAAAUCACAGCAGGGCAAAACAUUUACCGGUGUUUGAGUGUCGUUUUUGCCACGUGGAGUUUGUUUACAAAUCAGUGUAUGAGAAACAUGUGUGCAAAUACAACAUUUGAUGUAGGUUGUUGAAUUUGGUGUGUGACUAUGGGGAAGUGCCCAUUUGUGAAACUGAACGUGAAGUAUUGGUGCAUUUCAAGAUAGUGGUGGCAGUAUUCAACAUACUGUAUAAUGACGUAUUGUAUGAAUCUAAUGUGUGAAUGACGGUCAAGUGUACUGCUUCAGUACUGUUAAGUUUGGUACUGAAAAUCAUUAAAUUUUUGCAAAGCUGAGAAUUUUGAAAUUUGAUCCUUUUCAAUUGGAGUGGACUGAAUUCUGUGUUUGUUGCAGAAAUUUAAUGGAUAAUACAAUUCUUUUUUCGGUUUGCAUGAAGCUUUACCGUUUCAGUGUAUUAUCAUGGGGGAGAAAAGAGCGAUGAUGGAAGAACUAAAUUGGAGUCCAAAUAUUCCGUUGACUUGUUGUAAUUCCAUAAUUCCAUAUUGUCAAGGUAUUAGAAGUCAUAUGGACACCGAGAAGUAUCUUGGCUGGGAGUCACACCCAUGACCUGCCGAUCAUCCAAUGCUCUCCCACUGCAUGUGCUACCACUGCCCUGGUCAUUUUCUUUCUCCAAUCAUGUCGUCUUUAUGUAGGU